UGGCGUCUGACUGCCGAACGAUAAGCGCAAGCCAAAACUGCAGGCAGGAAAUGAGCACUAGUAUUUUUGCAGAGUUUGGCGCUUUUAUUUUACAAUUCGCGCUGCAAAAAUGGAAAGGAAACGCGCGGUGUGCGUGCUCAGUUUAAAAAAGAAAGCAAAAUAAAGAACGUUCUGGGCCAAAGUAGCUUCUCAAGUGAGUUCUGAAGUCGGCAGCCUCCGCUCAACAUCAAGACGAUGAAGAGGCGCAAAUGCCUAAUGUUGCUGAGUCAGCCUCAUGACUUCAUCGGCAUCAUGGGACGGUGUGAGGGCGUGACUGCUGGCUGAAGAAGCGCUCUGCAGCUGCCGCUCCUUUUUUGGCACCACCUCAACCCAUAUUCUUUGUGUCAUGCCAUAAAAGGAAGGAAGGAAGAAAGAACGACACUCCCGGACAUGCUGAAGACCAGCAGUUGGUGCCCUACGCGCUGUGCGUGUUAUGCGUAUGCGGAGCGCCGUGUCUGUUGAUUCCGGGUAAGUCAUUGUCAGUAAUGGUGGAAGUGGAGAAAACCAUGUAUUUAGUUUUCUCAGCAUUUAAAACUAAUCUGUGAUUAUGAAGAGAUAUUUGUAAGCUAUCGGAAGCAGUCUGUAAAUGAGUCAGAGCUAGAGAUGGGGAAGAACCGGGCGCAUAUACAAUCGUCAGCAAAAAAGUGGACAUUACAACAUUGAUUAGGGAAAAAAAUAUUAUUAAUGUAUAACGUAAAACGGAGUGGUCCAAGGACAGACCCCUGCGGUACCCCAUUUUUAAUAGUAAAUGGACUUGAUUGAACACUGUCAGCAGCAACAGUUUGGAUUCUGUCUGUAAGGUAGGACUUAAACCAGUUGAGGGUAUUAACGUCUAAACCUAUGGCCUGCAGUUUAUGAAGUAGAAUUUUAUGAUCAACGGUAUCGAAUGCUUUUGAAAGAUCAAUGAAAAGAGCAGCAUAGAACUCAAGAAAGGAGACACUGUUAUUUAGGACAGAAACUGAAGCUGUAAUUGUACUGUGACUUGGGCGAAAACCAGACUGUUGCGGCUCAAGUAUGUUAGAUGAGUCAAUAAAAGAACGUAGUUGAGAACUGAUCAAUGAUUCAAGAAUUUUGGAUAAAAACAGAAGCUUGGAUAUUGGACGGUAAUUUUUGAGGUCGGAGAUAUCUAGAGGUAUGCAAAAUUUCCGAUUCUUAGAUUAUUCGCGAUUCGGCCGUGGAAGAUUCGAGAACGAUUCACAAACAUCCAAAUUCCGAUUAUUGAAAUAUGCCAGGUAAAGCGGAAGUCACACUCAGCGCUCCGCGCGGUCUUCGGGACAGAACGGAGCGAGAGCAACUAAACAUCAUGCCGCCACCCCGCCGACGACUUAGUUUGGAUGGAAUAAUGAGUCAACCUGGUCUGGACUCCAUGGAUCUAAAUAGCAAGGUUAACCAGUCUCUUGGUCUCCUCAAGUUCAUGUCUUCGCUUCCACCCUGUACCUGUCACACCCGACAGGUGCCAGGGGAAGAUGGCAACAAACCAACCAGCCUCCCCUGGAAUGCUCUCGGGGCAAAGCCAAAGCACUACAACUCUGGAACUACACGGUAUUAUCCUUCUAUGGAGGAAGCCAUGUUUGCGACACCAAUAUGAUAUGCACCGGGUCCAGGCUGUGACAACAUUACAAAGACUGUUCUGUCCCAGCAAAAGCCGGGGCCCUAUGGAGUACAGUCUGUAUGCUCAACAAUCCCAGUGGUGAUAAACAACACAAAAAGGGCUAGAUUGGUGAGAAAUAAAAAACGUUCAAUCAACUCUGCCAACCUGUUAAGCAUAGUAUGUCAUUCCCAAAACUCACCAGUGAAUCCAGUCUGGCAUCUCCAAUUGGCUCUGCUAAAUAUAAGAUCUUUAGCUGGCAAAUCUUUCUUAAUUAAUGAUUUUAUCAGCAAACAUAACCUUGACAUGAUGUUCCUAACAGAAACUUGGUUAGAUAAAGAUAAGAGCUCGACAGUUCUGAUCGAGGCAACCCCCACAAACUUCAAUUUCUUUAGUGCGCCAAGAACCCAUAAGAAAGGAGGUGGGGUUGCCAGUCUGAUCAGGGACAGUUUCCAAUGCACAAAUAUUUCAUGUGGUCGGUUUGAUUCCUUUGAAUAUAUUGUCAUUCAGCUAAAAAGCCCUUGCAGAGCUGCCUUGGUAACACUUUACAGACCACCAAAGUAUAACACAAUGUUUUUUGAUGAGUUUACCAAAAUGCUGUCUUCUGUCUGCAUGGACUUUGAUUGUGUUGUUCUAGUGGGUGACUUUAACAUUCAUGUUGAUAAUCCUGAAGAAGGAUGUGCUAUAGAGCUUUUAAAUAUUUUGGAUACAUUUGGUUUAUCUCAGCAUGUCACAGUUCCAACACAUAACAGAGGGCACAUACUGGAUUUAAUAAUAUCCAAAGGUCUUAACAUCUCUGAGGUCACAGUGAAUGACGUUGCUCUGUCUGAUCACUACUGCAUUAUGUUUAAAAUGACCACCCCUGUCCAUCCUCUGAAAAGGGAAACAGAGGUGAUUAUGAAGCGUUACAUAAGUGAUAACACUUGUGCGUUAUUCACACAGGCCUAUGUCUCACCAUUAACCCCUACAAUAGCUCCAGUGGAAGAACUUGUAAAUAGUUUCAGUUCCAGUGUGAUGACUGUAAUUGACACUAUUGCCCCGAUUAAGACAAAAUCUUUGUCAAGAAAGAAGAGGUCACCCUGGAGAAAUGCCAUACUAGUUAUAAAACAAAAGCAAGUUUGUAGACGAGCAGAAUGCAGAUGGCGAAAAAACAAACUCCUAGCUUUUUAUGAUAUCUACAAAGACAGUCUUUGCAAAUACAACCAGGAACGGAAAAAUGCUAGACAGUCAUAUUUUUCAGAGAUCAUUAGUAGAAACACUAACAAUACCCGCACACUAUUUUCUGUUGUUGACAAACUGACAAACCCACAAGCAUCAAUACCUCAGGAAUUGGCAUCUGAGGUGUCCUGUAAUAAUUUCGCAGCAUUCUUUACACACAAAGUACUAAAGAUUAGACAGACUGUGUGCAACUCCAGAUUAACAAAUGUUACACUAAAUGCCUCCCAAAAUGUCCCCCACGUCAGUCUUAGACAGUUUAGCCUCUUGGACUAUGCCACUUUAACAGAAAUUGUGUCGAAAUUAAAGCCCACAACAUGCUGCCUUGACAUCCUUCCUUCAAACUUUUUCAAAACUGUUUUUCAUUGCAUAGCCCCAGACAUACUUCAGAUUAUAAAUACUUCUCUCCAAACAGGAGAGUUUCCUCAGACUUUAAAAACUGCAGUAAUAAAACCUCUCCUAAAAAAACCUAAUCUGGAUGCCUCAACCAUUAGUAAUUACAGGCCAAUAUCAAAUCUGACAUUCCUGGGGAAAAUUAUCGAAAGGGUUGUGUUCGAACAGAUCCAGAAUUAUAUGAUGCAAAACAAUCUUUUUAGCUCAUUUCAGUCUGGAUUUCGACCACAACACAGCACCGAGACUGUGCUUAUCAAAGUCCUAAAUGAUAUUCGUCGGAAUACCGAUGCAGGCAAAUCAUCAGUUCUGCUACUAUUGGAUCUCAGCGCCGCAUUUGACACGGUUGAUCACAACAUACUACUCAGCAGAUUGGAACAGUGGGUAGGGCUUACUGACACUAUUCUUCAGUGGUUCACAUCCUAUCUACAUGAUAGGGAUUUCUUUGUGUCAAUCGGAAACCAUCAGUCAGAACGAACCAAAUUCACGUGUGGAGUCCCUCAAGGGUCAAUUCUUGGACCACUCUUAUUUAACAUCUAUAUGCUUCCGUUAGCUCAGAUAAUGGAACAGUAUGACAUCUCCUAUCACGCCUAUGCAGACGACACACAACUGUACAUUUCUGUGUCCCCACAUGAUUAUAGUCCCUUAGUCACCCUGAGCAAAUGCAUUCAUCAAAUCAAUGAAUGGAUGUGCCAGAAUUUUCUCCAGUUAAAUGUGCAGAAGACAGAGGUGAUCAUUUUUGGGCCAAAAAAGGAAAGGUCAAAGAUAAGCAGCCAACUUAGCACAAUGUCACUUACAGCUACAAAUCAAGUCAGAAACCUUGGCGUAAUUAUUGACUCAGACCUAAAAUUUGAUAGCCAUUUAAAGUCCGUCACUAAAUCCGCUUAUUACCACCUAAAAAAUAUAACCAGAAUUAAGGGGCUUCUGACUCAACAAGACAUGGAAAAACUUAUGCAUGCGUUCAUUUUCAGCAGAUUGGACUAUUGCAACGGUAUAUUUACAGGUCUUGAUAAAAAAUCAGUCAGGAAGUUGCAGCUGGUACAGAAUGCUGCAGCCAGAGUCCUCACAAAUACAAGGAAGCUGGACCACAUUACACCGGUUUUGAAAUCGCUACACUGGCUUCCAGUAAGUCAAAGGAUAGACUAUAAAAUACUACUGCUCGUCUACAAAACACUUAAUAGCCUUGGACCAAAAUACAUGCUUGACUUGUUAGAGUCCUAUGAGACAUCUAGACCCCUAAGGUCGUCUGGAACGGGUCUUCUGCAUGUUCCAAGAACAAGAACCAAGCAGGGUGAGGCAGCAUUUAGUUAUUAUGCUCCUCACCUCUAGAACAAGUUACCCGAACGUCUGAAGUAUGCUCAAACUGUUAGCUCUUUUAAAUCAGGGCUAAAAACGCUUUUGUUUAGCACUGCAUAUCUAUAACUGUCUAUAUAUUUCAAUCUACCUGCUUUCUAUUCCUCUUGUUAUUAUCU